AUCUGUUAAAGUUAAUAAAACAUAAGGUUAUAUAAAGGGUUAACCAGUAAGUUUAUUUGGUUUCGGCAAGUUUUUGUGGUCUGGUUUUAAGAGCCUACCAAUUGUGUUUUAGUUCUAUUUUGUACGGGAAAAUGUAUAGCCUCGCGUCAAUAUUCCCGGGAGUCCUGCUGCUCCUGAACUCCGCCCUCGCAGCGAGUUACUCCCGUUUCGUGACGUACGACGAGGGCGAUUCCGUCCUGCAGCCAAUCCUCUCGCAGAGUCGCAGGACGCGGAUUUGCAGCGAACUGUGCAUGUCCGGGUUGGGCGGGACGCCCUGCGGGGAUUCCUGCUUCGAUCUCAUCCCCACGAAUUUGCCCCUGGUGGGGCAAAGUAGUCAGGGUUCAGCCGGCAACGGGAGCAGUAGCGGUGCGAGUGGCGGUGCUAGUAAGUAUAACGCCACCACGCGUGACGGUGCCUGUAGCGUGUUGUGCAAGAACCAGUUGGGGUACCCGUUGUGCGGCUGUACCUACGAUACGACCAAAGUCUACGCACCGGAUUUUGUGGAGAUUUGUUCCACGUAUUGUGUGGAUUAUGGAUAUCAGCUCUAUGGAUGCCAAAAUUGCACGAUCUACCUACAGUACCUUCAAGCGUCGAGUGGUUCGAGUUCGAGCAGCGCAUUUAACACCGCCAGUAUGAGUAUCGGCACCUCGUUGGGAGUUGACUAUAGCUUAUGGUGUAAGGAGGAAUGCUCCGACGGCAAUGGAGGAGCUGCAUGCCAGUGCGAUCUACUCCCUUAAUUGGAGGUCCGAUUGGCGUCCAAGCUUCUCCUCUGACGCCUCAUCAGUUCUUUAAAGUUAACCCCAUGAUUUUUUUUUGUAUUCUUAUUCCGUUGAUCCUAAGUAAGCUAAAACUGCUUUGCAGUGACAUGCAAUAGAAGAUGGUUGUACAAUGUAUUUUAAUUAAAAUAGGUCAAUUUAAACGAAUAAUUUACUGUAAUUAUACUAAUUAAGGGAUUUUAUGAACGGCAACAAUGUGUCAACUUACAUGGUAGUUUUUAAAAUUGCUAUAAUUUCUCUUUAGGACCCUUUAUACGUACUGCUGACUAUACUUGCUAAUUAUAAACUGUAUAGUAGAAUGUAAAUAAAAUGACAAAGUCACAAGUCUUCCAAUGUUGUAAAUACUAUUGUAAACGCUGGACAUGUCUCAUGUAACAGACCAGUAGUUAAUACGUAGAAGUCUUAAUAAAAAAUAAAUAAAUAUUUCUGGCACUAUUACGUUAUUAUACCAAUGAUUCGCUAUACUUAAUAAUGUUCCUUAAUCAAGUUUCAUGAAGGCCAGUAUAAAAGAAGAAGAAAAAAACCUUUUGAUGUCAGAGUUUCUGACGUUUACUACUAGACACUUGGGAAUCCCGCAGUCAUACCAAUUGUAUGUAAAGCCACCACCGCUAGAUGGCGCAUUAAUUAUCUUCAAGUUUGUAGUGCCAGUAAUAAAGAAAUAACUAAUAUUUCUUACAGUUAUUAUGAUUUUAGUUUCUUAGAAAAUUCUAGUUAUAGAAUAAUCAUAUCAGAUUUUUAAAAUGUAAAUAUGGCGAUUAAAUUCUUUCUCCUACUUAUGGUCAAUACUGCUUUCGGUUCUGUUGAUUUUGCUGAAUGUUAUAAGGGCUUAUUUCACCUUUUGUCAUUUAUUACAUAUAAAUAUGUUUUCCUUCUAUCUAUCGCUAUCCCUAUCCAUAUAGUUCUAAGAUAAGAUUAAUUGUUUCGGUUCUCUUAUUGUACUUUUAAAAUUAAUAAAAAAAAAUAAACUGUUGUGUAACGACAAUAAUUAAAUUUAAGGAUAAUACAUAAUAAAAUUGUAAAACUAUUGCUAAUAAAUAGCAACUGUAUUUUGGUGUAAAAUGUGUAAGAAACAAAGGGCUUAAGGAUCAAUGUGCAAUAAUUUGAUAAGAAGCAUGGAAAAUUGUUAUUUUUGUUGCUAAAUAAAGCCUAAAAUGUGAUGCUUCACUAGAAUUUUAUAUAUGGUUUGUUACAUUUUUCCGCUGUAGUAUAUUUAAAUAUUUAGAAUAAAAAGCGAUUAUUUUAAUAAA